AAUAAUAAACAAACAGAAAGAAAAAAUGAAAAAAAAAAAAAACCUCAUCCUCUUCCCCUCCCGCCACCGCCUGUACGGCCACCAACCACUGUAUUCCCCCUCUUUCUCCUCCGCGUCAUCCUCCACCUCUCUCAUUUCUAUGAUGUUGAUAUUGACUUUUAGCCUUAAUUAGUCAAACCUCUCCACACCUAAACAUGGCGGCUUCUGCUUUCUCAGCUUCCUCUUUGUUCGGUUCGAGAAUUAACGAACCACUAACCUUAAUCUCCUCGAAAUCACGCUAUAAGUUGAACUCCAAGAGAACUCCACCUGUUAAAAUCUCAUGUGAUUACUCUUGCUUGGAAGUUAAGGAUGUUUAUUAUAGACCUCCAGGGACGCAGAUUAACCUUUUGAAUGGAGUUAGCUUUUCACUUCCUGAGAAAAGUUUUGGCUUAAUUUUUGGACAGAGUGGAAGUGGGAAAACUACUCUCUUGCAGCUUCUUGCAGGGCUUAGCAAACCAACAUCAGGUUCUAUUUAUAUCCAGAGAUAUACAAAUGAAGGCAACCCAAAUCAGUCUCCAAAAUUAUUAGUUCCAGAAAGAGUUGGUAUUGUCUUCCAGUUCCCAGAGAGGUAUUUCGUGGCAGACAAUGUGCUUGAUGAAGUUACAUUUGGCUGGCCAAGGCAAAGGAGUGGGCUUCAAGUGAAGGAGCAUCUUGCAUUAAAUCUCCAAAGAGCUUUUAAUUGGGUUGGAUUGAAUGGGAUUUCCCUGGAUAAAGAUCCUCAUUCAUUGAGUGGUGGCUACAAACGCCGACUUGCUCUGGCAAUUCAAUUGGCACAAGUUCCUGACUUAUUGAUAUUGGAUGAGCCUCUCGCUGGUCUUGAUUGGAAGGCGCGUGUUGAUGUUGUGAAGCUUUUGCAGCAUCUGAAGAAAGAAUUAACUAUACUUGUUGUCAGUCAUGAUCUCAAAGAGCUAGAAGAUUUAGUUGAUCGAUCUUGGAGGAUGGAAAUGGGUGGAGUUUUAAGGGAAGAGCGCCUAAUGGUUUAGUUUAGGACAAUGCCUGCUUUGUCAACAUUUCUUUCUUUGAGAAUACUCUCAAGAACUCAAAUGAGACGAGACUUACAAGUGAUCAUAAACAGAUGUUCAGAUUAGGAAGACUACAAGACAACUAGUGCACAACUUUAUUAUCACACGCAGGAGGAUAAGAUGGAUUCCUCCUAAUAGUCUUCUUUUUCUAUUGAGUUCAUCACCACUUACUAGCAAACACAUUACAACACAGUUGAUAUUAUGAAGCCACAAGAUUGGAGUCUUACUGCGAAGGACAAAAGCUAUUAAUAAGCAUUUCUUGCAGUUUCUUCACUACAGCUCCAACACCAAGUCUACAACCCAACAGCAGCAGCAAAAGAAGGUGGUCAGACAUUUAUACAUUAGAAAAACUAAUCACUGAACUAAAUGAUCGCAAAGCUCAAUGCAGUUUGUAUUGGUUUAGGAAUAUAUUUCUGAUUAUGUCAAAAUAUCAAGUAUUCAUUUGCUAAUUGUGAACGUCAAUUCUGAUGGUGUAUCCAAGUUUAGCUGUAUCAUAUUCAAGAAAAAUACUUGUCCUGCAUCAUUUUUUAUGAUAA